AUGAUGAUCUCUCCCGACGGCUCAGACGAUGAUGAUCACUCCUCGUCUGUGUCUCUCUCGACGGCUCACCUCGAUGAUGAAUCACUUCAUCUCUCUCUCCGGCCCGGAGGUCUCCUCGACAAAAGAAAAGGUCAGAUGGACAGAUCAAGAGACGAAGGUUCCUCAAACAAGACGACUACAAUUGCAAUACAGAGCAAAGACCCCGUGAUAGGGAAUGAGAAAAGUUCGGUUGCGUUCUGGAAAAGAAUUGCUGCGUACUUCUCGGCUAGUCCCAAGAUUUAUCCCGGUGAGAGAAGAGAAGCAUCACACUGCAAGCAACGGUGGCACAAGAUGAAUGACUUGGUCUUCAAGUUUUGCGGAACAUAUGAAGCAGCAACAAGAGAAAAAAGUUGUGGGCAAAAUGAGGAUGAUGUUCUCAAACUAGCCCACAAAAUCUUCUUCACCAAUCAUAAAAAGAAGUUCACACUUGAGCAUGCUUGGAAGGAGCUGAGAAAUGACCAAAAGUGGUGUGAGCUUUCUUCGAGUAAAAAUGAAGGAAGCUCCAAAAGGAGGAAGUUUGAGGACGGUUCACACUCAACAUGCUCUGAAGCAAAUGAAACAGACAGUGGUAUAGCUUAUGAAGGAACCACUCGUCCCACCGGUGUAAAAGCAGCAAAAGCCCGUGGGAAGAAACCGAUGGGUGUUGCCAAGGACAUGUCUCAAUUUCAGACUAUGUGGACCAUCAAGCAGCAAGACUUGGCUGCUCUCAAGGAAAAGAUCUCGAAGAUGAGGCUACUAGACAGUCUGAUUGCAAAACAAGAUCCCCUAGCUGACUGA